AUGGAGAUUGAGUAUAUCUUGGUCUCGGGUUCAAAACGAGGUAAGGUUAUAUUUCCGUCGCUGAGUACGGAGUCAAGUAUCGUUGCGACAAUAUGUUCAACGCUGGGAAUAGACCCAAACAGGUACUGCUUUUAUCACAAUGCGCAGGAAGUUGUAAACACCUGCCUAACCAAAUUUGAGAACACAAACAACUCACCAAUCAUCAUUCUUACAAAGGGAAAAAAAGGAGAAUUUAUCCAAGAACAGGAAGAACAAAAAAUGGAAGAAGAGGAAAAUACACAGACAAAAGAGGUCCCUGUCGACAGCGCCAUGUCUUACAAAGACUUGGAGGCGCUUUUUACCUUCGGUGCGGAGCUUAUACCAGUCAAGCAGUCACAGUUCAACUCUUUUCUAACAUUUCUUAUGAAUCACAACCAGACAGUUAUUGAUGACGACGAACCAGAAGAAGAAAACACAGAAGAGAGUAUAGAAGAAAAAACAAACGAAGACUUUAGAAUGACAGAAAUGCUCUCAACACCAUUUAACUUGUUUGAGGAGCUCAGUGAGGUUGAGAAGUCGAAAAUGGCCGUGAUGAAAAUGCUUGGUUUUACCAAUGACAAGGAAAUAAUCACUGCAAUCCGCUCAGCGGAUGGGGACAUUGACAUAGCUGUUGGUUUGAUGAAAGGUCGACAGAACAAGUGA